GUUUUAUCGACAUGCCUUGGCUUUUAGUUGAGGCUUUCUGGUGUGUACAUGUGGUCUAACCAAAGUUGGAGUUGUUUAAACAAUUUAUCCACAUGUUUGAAAAAAUAUAAAUAACAUGGAUGCCUUGAAAAAUGUUAUUCAAGUGGUAGAGAGCAGUACGAAGAAAGUUGAAAAUUAUUUAAGCGCCCAAAAUAAUGUAGCAGCUGAAUUGCAGCGAUCUACGAAACUCCUUUACGACUUCACGAUAAAUGAAUCAAAACGUAAAACAGCAGCCCUUCCUGAGCUGGUGAUACAGGACUUCGAUGAAGAGCAGAUCUGGCAACAAUUAGAACUUCAAAACGAAGCAGAAUUGACGAAUUUUUUGACAGGAGUCUCUCGAGUUUUAGCAGGAACGAAUCAAUUGAAAUUGCCGGUUAGUUUAUCAACACCAGAGGCACUGUCCCCUGUGAAUAUCCAUGCAGAGGAAAAUGAGGAGAAUUCAGGAGAACCAGAAGAAAUGCUUGAAGGGAAUGAAUCAGACAGCGAUGAUAUGGAUGUGGAUAUUGAUAUGGAUGGAAACCUGAACAGAGGUAAAAAACCGAGGAAAAUAUCCAAAAAAUCAUCAAUUGUUGAUGAUAAAUUUUUCAAACUCGAAGAGCUUGAUGAAUACCUAACGAAGGAGGAGAAAAAAGAGAGUAAAAUCAAUCCAAAUUCUGACGAAUCAGAAUCGGACGACGAGCCUGUGGAUUUAUUCAACGAUGAUUCAGGAAUGGAAGAAGACGAUGAUGAUGAGGCGAAAAUGAUGAAGUACGCAGGCUUCUUCGAUAGUCCAGAGAGUGGUGAUGAGCAUGAAGACGAUGACGAUGAAGCUAAUGAAUCGGUUAUUCACUCAGACAACGAGGACAAUGGGAGUGAAGGAUCUGGGAAUCAUAAAAUUAAAACGGAUGAUGGGAAGAAAAAAUCUGAUGGAAAACGAGUCAAGUUCAACCUAACGAAUGACUCAGACGAUUCAGAGAGCAUUGAGAAUCCGAAUCCUGAAAGUGAGCAGACAUCGACAUUGGAAGCUCGACAAGAAAGAUUGCAGAAACGUAUAAAAGAAUUGGAGGAUCAGGCACUGGCGGAGAAACCGUGGCAAUUGAAGGGAGAAGUUACAGCAUCCUCUCGUCCACAAAAUUCUUUAUUGGAAGAAUAUGUGGAGUUCGAUAUUACGUCUCGUCCAGCUCCAAUAAUUACUGAGCAAACAUCCCUCAAUUUAGAAGACAUAAUCAAGCAAAGAAUUAAGGAUAAAGCUUGGGACGACGUCGAGAAGAAGUUCAAGCCCGUGGAAGCGCCACUGGAGUACAAGAAAAAAUUAGUUAUGGAUCAGGAGAAGAGCCAGAAAAGUUUGGCUCAGAUUUAUGAAGAUGCAUAUUUGAAGCAAAAAGAAGCAAUCAGUGGAGAUGUUGAGGAGAGGGAGGAGGAGGAGCCAAAGGAGCAUACAAAAAUUAAGGAACUCAUGCACUCGUUGUUUGCAAAACUCGAUGCUCUGUCUAACUUUCAUUAUACGCCCAAGGCAGCUCAGCCUGAGCUUAAAAUUAUUAGUAAUAUUCCGGCUAUUAAUAUGGAGGAAGUGGCACCGGUGGCUACUAGUGAUGCUGCACUCUUGGCUCCUGAGGAAGUUAAAAACAAACCUCGUGGUGAUAUAAUCGGAAAAUCGGAAAGAACGAAAACCGACAUGAAGAGAGCGAGGAGAAAGAAGAAGAUUGCACAGCACGAGAAGCAAAGAGCUGACGAAAAGAAGGAAAAAACACUGGGGGAUCUUCUCGAGAUGAAGAGGAAGAAAUUCAUGAAGAAUAAAAAAUCGUCGAAAAAUGUACAGGAUUCUGCAAUCAAGAAAUUAACGAAGGAUAGGAAUAUUUCAACGAUUAAUGAAGCUUCCCAAAGAGUCCCAAAAUCUUCUACUGCAUUCUUCACACAAUUGCAAGAUGAAGUAUCGAGUCAUAUAAAAUCAAAAACUAAUAAACCGACGAAGAAGAAAGAGAAAACAUCCCACUCUGCCAUCAAAUUGAAAUUGUAA